UUGGCCAUGGAGAACCAAGCAGCCGAGCCGCAGAACUAUGAAGAUGUACAGAAAAGCGGUUAUCUCCGCAAGCAUAAAUCAAUGCACCGGCGAUUCUUCGUGCUGAGGGCGGCCUCGGAGCAUGGUCCUGCUCGACUUGAGUAUUAUGAGAACGAGAAGAAAUUCCGCAGUAAAUCACCUGUGCCCAAAAAAGUCCUGAACCUGGAGACUUGCUUCAACAUCAACAAGCGGGCAGAUUCCAAGAACAAGCACAUGAUAGUCCUUUAUACCCGCAGCGAGAGCUUUGCCAUCGCUGCAGACAGCGAGGAGGUCCAGAACGAGUGGUACCAAGCAAUGCUGGAUCUUCAGUGCAACUGUAAAACUCCUGAAGACUAUGGCAGUAGUGGAGAGUGUAGCUCUCCGUCUCCUGUUCCAACCUUCAAGGAAGUGUGGCAGGUCAAGGUUUGGCCUAAAGGUCUUGGACAUGCCAGGAACUUAGUGGGCAUCUACCGGUUGUGCCUAACUGACAAGACAGUCAACUUUGUCAAACUCAACUCUGAUGUGGCUGCUGUGGUGUUGCAGCUGAUGAAUGUCCGCAGGUGUGGCCAUUCAGAGAAUUUUUUUUUCAUUGAGGUGGGUCGCUCAGCAAUUACCGGCCCUGGAGAGUUCUGGAUGCAGGUUGAUGACUCUGUAGUAGCUCAGAACAUGCACGAGACCCUGCUGGAGGCCAUGAAGGCCCUGAGCGAGGAGUUCCGUCAGCGCAGUAAAUCUCAGUCUGUGGGAACGUCAUGUGGAGGUGGCACUGCUUCAAACCCCAUCAGUGUCCCGAGCCGUCGUCAUCAUCCAAAUCUGCCACCAAGCCAGGUGGGCUUCUCCAGGCGAGCCCGCACAGAGACCCCUGGAACAGGAGGCAGCAGCACGAGUACUUCACCUACAUCACGCCACGGGUUUCCGAGGGCGCGAACAGCCAGCAUUGGGGCCAGGUCGGAGGAAGGCGCAGCAAGUGCCAAAGGGACAUGGGCAAGCUCCAGUCCAAGUCUUAAUGGAUCCUGCUCAACUACACCAACACUGAGGCCCAAACCCACCAGGGCCCCAACCCCCGCUAAGAUUACCCUCAGCCUUGCACGUUACACGCCUAACCCAGCUCCCUCCCCUGCGCCGAGUCUGUCCUCCAGUUCUGGUCAUGGCUCAGAGUGUGGCCUAGUGGGGGCAGCAGUUGGAGGCAUGACAAUCUGCUCCUACCCUCGUGUUUCUCAGAGAGUUUCUGUUUCAGGUUCACCGAGUGACUACGGCUCUUCAGAUGAGUAUGGUUCCAGUCCCGGGGAGCACUCUCUGCUUGUGCCCAGUCUGUCUGGACAUCAUGUACACGGAGAAGGCUCCUCCAGUUAUUUAGUCAUGGGACAGAGAGAGGGACUCCUUGGUUCCCAUCAUCGCUCCAAAGGCCGACGGAUUCUGCGGCGCUCAUCCAGUCGGGAAUCUGAGGCAGAACGCAGACUACUAAGUAAGAGGGCAUCCCUGCCUUUGGCGGCCCAUGAACGACUGACUCCACAGAGAAAAGAUGAAGAUGAUGAAGAUGAUGAAGAAUAUGCCAUCAUGUCACAGAGUGCUAACAGAGAGAGAGCUGAUUUGCACCAUGGUCUGGCAGUUGGGGGUGGGCAGCCUGAUGUAGUAGUGGAAAAUAGGAAGAGGGCUGACAAAGGCAGGGGAGAAGUGGAAGCAGGACAAGCUGUGGAUAGUGGCUAUAUGUCAAUGCUGCCUGGAGUGACGUCUCCUCCUGUUACACUUUCUCUCUCAAUAGGUAUGUCUGACGCCAGUGCUAAACCGGGGGCAGAUGAUGAGUAUAUGGCCAUGACCCCCAACAACAGUGUGUCCCCUCCUCAGCACAUCCAGCAGCCCAGCUCAGAGGGCUACAUGGUCAUGUCUCCCAAUAGCAGCAGCUCCACAGACCUGCAUGGACUGGGUAUGUGGGAUAGCAGGGCCAGCAUGGAGAGCCGGGCUGCCAGUGACUACAUGAACAUCUCACCUGUCAGCAGCCGCUCUGCCUGCAGCACACCACCCUCCCACCCCGAGCAGCACCAGCUGCAACCAAAAAUGUUCAAUUCUUAUUUCUCCCUGCCACGAGCUUAUCAACAUACUCUCUAUACUCGCUUUGAGGAGGACUUAAACAAAGGGGAAGGAAAAAAGGACAGCAGUGGGCAUGAUAGUGCUGGAAGGGGAGGGGGAGUGGGAUACAGCAAGAGAAACAAAAUUGCAGUGGGCUCUGCAGGAGGCUGCCAACUCUCCAUGUCUUCGUCUUCCUUCUCCUCCAGCUCAGCCAGCAGUGAAAGCCUGGAAGACAAGUCUAUAUCAGCGGGGAGAGGGUUAAGUUUAUUAAGGACUGGAGCAGAGUACAAGAGUGCGGGAACGUGCACAAAAGAUGGACGUCACCAUCAAAAACGUGGGUCAAGUAGUAAGAGCCCAAAGCAACAAAGGAGGGGUCGUCCCCUCAGUGUGUCUUCAGACAUUACUAAAGCAAACACCCUACCCAGAGUUAAGGAGAAUCUGCCGCCAUCGGUGUCUCAAAACGUUGGUGAGUAUGUCAGUAUUGUGUUCAAAGAAGACAAUAAGUAUGAGGGAGGACGACGCGCUGGGUCUGAACGCGGACAACCUGUGAUCCACGGAACCCUCCGGCCCUUGAAUCAACCGCUCCUUUGCCACGAUAAUCCUGCUAACCUCCCCCGCAGCUUCUCUGCACCGCUAUCCACCUCUGCCGAAUACGUCAGCAUGGAAUUAGGGAAGUCCUCAACAACCCUGACUUCUGUUAGGUCCACAUUCAGCACCCCACAGGGCCCACCAGCUGUUGCCCCCAAGGCCCGACACGAACAUGGCACAUCCUCUCCUCUAGCAGCAGAGGGCAACGCCGGGUACAGAACAAAAGUAAAGAUGGCAGCAAUGCCGAUAGAUGCCCCUACUCCAUUUACAGACAGCAAAGGUUCAGAGCCCAGCAUUUCAGCAAGAUCUGCCAUCCACUCUGGUCAGCCCUCGUCUAUCGAGCAGGAGACAGGUUUGGGUUUUUCCCCAGUCAAGUCUUUCCAGUCUCCUGAGCGGAGCAGCAGACUGGUCCGAGGUGACCCACAAGGACGGCGGAGCCACCGCUCAGAGACAUUUAACUCUCCUCCCUCUCUACCACGCCACCCACCCUCUUCUACCUCCCUCUUCCCAGAGGGCAGCCAGGCAGCGAGCCAUCGGCAUGGUUUGGACUGCUCACUGUGGGAGAAUGGGCAGGCAGCUAGUUUGUCUGCCACACCUCCACCACAAGCCUCCACCUCAUCUGCUGAACAAGGCCUUAACUAUAUUGACCUUGACUUGGCCAUUAAGGAGACCCCUCAAGCUGGAGUGGAGCGUACAUCUGCCACCUACAACAUCGGAGGAAACGCUAUGGGUAGCAGUGCUGGCUCCAGCCUCAACACUUAUGCCAGUAUUGAUUUCUAUAAGUCAGAAGAACUGAGAGCACACCAGAACAGUAGAAAGGAUGGUCAAGAUUGUUGAUCUUCGUCCUCAUCUUGGGUCUGAGUGUGACGCUGGUGUGACUGAUCCACACUCAGUCUGUGAGGGGACGGUCGGUGGCCCGAUCUGUUGCCAUAACAGAGCUGGACACUGAAACCAUGGAAAACACAUCCCCAUCCGUCUGCGGUUUUCUGUCAGCCAAAUGUGUGCCAAACAGACAAACGUACACACACACACACACACACACACACACACACACACACACACACACACACACACACACACAAACAAACGCACAGACACAGGGUAAGGAAAAGGUUUCAUUUUUUUUGCCUUGUUUUGGAUAAAAAUGACGUUUGAUCAUCAUUUAACUUAAUAUGGAUAAAGGAUGACAAUUUCUGUGAGUUCUCAGGUGGCCAUUAUGCUGAUCAUGGUGGCUCCAGCACAUCCUGUCAAAGUCUUCACUUAAUUUUAUCACAGCUGACUAACAGGCAACAGUCAUCCAGGCAAGCUCAUAGAUCAACAAGGCGUUCAGGAAAUCACACAAAUGGCAAAAAUAUCCAUCUGUGUAUGUUGAUUUAAAACACAUUUGCACAUGUGAAUAGUGCUAUAGUUUACUGACGUAUUGUAACUCAAGGCUCAACAUGGCAUGUUGACACAAUCUCAGCUCUUUUGUAUUGCCAUGCAGCAACAUCAUCCUUUGUCUGUGUUCUAAGUUAAAUGCUCAUCAGUUGUCACUUUGACUCAAAAUAAGAGGGAAAUACUGCCUUGGCCGAGGUUUCAUACCCCCACACAUGCUGUCACUGUAAACAUAUUUGAUUUAUUAUGUACAGUUGCCCAAAAGAGCCUUUAUACUUCUUGACCACUUUUCUUAUGCUACUGAAGGACUUCAAAAUGUACUUAAUUUCUGAGGUAUACUUAAGUACAGUUUGUGGAAUUGGCAAUUAUACAAAUGAAAUGGAGAUAUAGGUUCCUGUCCAUUUUUCAGGCAGUAGGAAAAUGGCUGGGGAAAAUCCCACACAGCUGAUGCAAUAUUUGUGAAAUCCAUAGAAGUGUAAACUUUAUUAAAUAGGACAUCAUACGAUUACGUCUUCUUAUUCACAUUGUUGAACUUCUGCACAGAGUUGUAGCUGAGCGACGGGAAAAAUUGCUUCUUUUUUUUUUUUUUAUCCUUUCAAUCAAUAGCUGCACUCUAAUUCUGUGCUUUCUGCUUUUCACACAGAAUUAAGUUUUAUCCCUAAAGCUCCAGAUGUGCACUCACAUGUGUUUAUACAGCCCCAGCUUUGAUUAUGCAUAAACUAAACAUGUUCUGUCAUGUCACAUGGCUGAUUUUCAAACGGUGGCAGUAAGAAAGUCCAGUCAAUGCAUCUAAGUUGUAUGUUAGGAUUUUUCGUGUAUUCAGUUAUGCACUACGUGGUGAUCAAGGUUUGAUGAGAAAGUUAAAUGAUCAUCUGUCUACCUGGUAAACAAACUCACAGUGCGUAUUCUGCCCUUGUUUCAAAAUGAUUUCUCCAGUUACAUUAUAAAAUCUAACAAAAUGGAGUAAUGCUUAUCUCAAAAUACAAGUGACCAUAAUUACAUAAACACUGACAUUUCAAACCUGACAUUUCAAAACUAACUCUAAAAAACAAAAAAUGACAUGUCAUAUGGUUUAUAUGUGUUGCAGCUAAAAUGCCACAGGAAAAGUCACAUGGAAGCUGCAGCUUUCAUGCAACAUGACAGCAUUUAAGGCAAUGGUUGAUGUCAUGUAGAGCCACAUAGAAAAACCAGAUGCAUAGAUUUGUAUAACAUUACAUAAACAUCGACAAAGUAACAGCAUUCUAAUGCUGUACAUGUAAACAGCUUAAUUACAUUGGCUUCAAAAACAGCAGUAUGGGCAAUAAUUAGAUUGUACGUAAAUGUCCUCACUGAGAUGAGCUGAGGGGACCCAUUAACAGACUUGUUAGUUAAGGAAGCUGAAUAAUGCAGUUUAAAGAGAAAGUAUUCUUACACAGCUUAGGGAGUAUAUUUAAAUUCAUAAUAAUAAUGAAAUAUACAAUGGGGUGAAUGGUAAAGUGGUCUCAGACCUUUGGACUCCACUGUAUAUAUAAUAAUAUUGUAAUAUAUGGCAAACAUAGCAAAAUGGUGAAUUUUCCAGCCACUUUAUUUUUGAACAAAGAGCUGCUAAGCAAAUGGUUGUUACAUGAGUGAACCAUCGAACAUGCAGCAGCUCGUUCGCUCGCUUGCUCUUUUCCAGAUCGACUUGAGCUCCCACCCCCGGACUCAACUGAAUAAUAUAUAUCAUAUGUCAGAUGAGACUGACAGAUGACUGUUGAGAUCAGUUCCAUGAUGCCUGAGUCACAUGGCCAGGCAUGUUGGAGACAGCUGUUCCAAAGAGCGCAGCAUUAAAUACUGAAAUUAAAAUCAUAUUUUUGACUGUCAUAUAAAAAAAUAUACAAUAAAUUUCACAGAGGAACAAUGAAUGAUGAGAAAAAGUAAAAAAAAAAAAAAAAAAACUUAAAAACUCUCAGCCAUCUUUGACCCCCUCUAAUAAUUUUCUGACAAUCUGCAGCCCAAAUAUGAAGUCACACAAAUUUAGUAAGAUGAGAGGAUACAAACAAGACUAGAUAAUAAACAAUGUUAUUUUUUUAUUUAAAAUUUUAAACUUCAUAUGACUGUCUGCCAUUGCCUUUCCAUCUAGUAAAAUAAUAUGAUUUAGCACUUUGAGUUGAUUAAGGCUAAAUAAGAUCUCGUAUUAAUGCAUUUUGAAGCACUGUGUAGCACAAAAUAUGUGAGAAAAGUCAAAGUGUAAAUACUUUUUUGGCAACUGCUUUUCUAUUAUAACUGUAUAUUAUACUAUAGUAUAUACUAUAGUAUACAAGUAGGACAGAAACUAUAGUACAUACUGUAGUUUGUUUUCCUCAUUUGCAUAACAGUUAACACAAUUCUAAUAUAAAGUGACACAUUACAAUGGUAUAUAAGAUAUACAGUAUACAUAUAAUGAUUAAUAUAUAGCCUAGAUAUCUAUAUACUCUUUUAUAAAGUGCCUCCUUUUUGAUUGUAGCUGUUUUUACACAGGUAAUCUGAAAAUGGGUUGUUAAAAUGGAAAAAAAAAAAAAAGUGUUGUUUCUCUCCUGAGUCUAAAUUGUGCAUAUGUUGAACUUUACAGAAGACAGACCAGAAUCUUAUAUUGCUAUCAGUCAACCAUAAUCAAAUUGCCUUACUCUGUUUAUCAGAAACAUGAAAAAAAAAUCUCAUUAUUUUUUGCAGUGCCUAACACUUCAGCCACAAUGUAAGCACUCCCUCACUCUUCUGUUUGGCUUCAUCGAGCUGAGGUUCGGCCAACAACAAAAAGAAAAAAAAAAAAAAAAAAAAAGCAAAGGACAAAAAAGAAAGAAAAAAAAAAACCCAUCUCUUUCUCUUU